GUGUGUGUGUGUGUGUGUGUGUGUGUGUUUGGUGGCGUUCCAGUCGAUUUGCUGCAGCAAGUUCGAGUCCCUGCUGGGCGAGUCUGGCAGAGCCUCUGCUCGUUGAGGUCCACUCUGCAGGGGAGCUCCGUUGGACGAGGUGUGUGAAAACAGAGUAAACCAGGGUCUUGGCAGACCUGAAGUUGCACAUGGGGCUGUGAUCAAAAUCAGUAAAGAAGGAUCUCACUGAAACUUCACCAAGACUUUCCGAAAGUCUCCAGUCAUCGUCCUCGACUUGUCGGCAGCGUUGGACACUGUCAACCACCAGAUUCUACUCUCUUCUCUUGGCCUCAAAGGAGCGCCACUGAACCGGUUUGAGUCCUACCUAUCAGAUGGAGAAAGCGCCGUUGCCCGGCGACGAGGAGGGGCGACGCAUGUCGGAGGGCCAGGCGGAGGCUCGGCUGCUGGAGCCGGAUGAGGGGCGGGGCCAAGAGGGGGGGUCUGCAGACCCCACUCGACCCGCCUGGGGCAGCAAGCUGCAGUAUGUGUUGGCGCAGGUGGGCUUCAGCGUGGGCCUGGGCAACGUGUGGAGGUUCCCUUACCUUUGUCACCAGAACGGUGGAGGCGCCUUCUUGCUGCUCUACGUGCUGCUGCUGGGCUUCAUCGGCGUGCCGCUCUUCUUCCUGGAGUUGGCGGCGGGACAGUGUGUGCGCCAGGGCAGCAUCGGGGUGUGGGGGCGCAUCUCGCCUCGGCUGGGGGGUGUCGGCUUCUCCAGCUGUGUGGUGUGCUUCUUCGUUGCCCUUUACUACAACGUCAUCGUUGCCUGGAGCCUCUUCUACCUGGGCAGCUCGUUCCAGGACCCCCUGCCCUGGGAGCAGUGUCCUUUCCACAACAACAGGACAGUGAAAGAAUGUGCCAGAAGCUCCCCCACCACUUACUUCUGGUUCCGCAAGGCGCUGGACAUCACGGACUCCAUCGAUGACCUGGGCCACUUCAACGCCGUCAUGAGCGGCUGUCUGCUGGCUGCCUGGGCCAUCGUGUGCCUGGCCAUGAUCAAAGGCAUCAGGUCGUCCUCCAAGGUGAUGUACUUCUCCUCUGUUUUCCCGUACGUCGUGCUGCUGUGCUUCCUCGCCAGGGGACUGCUGUUGGACGGAGCUUCUGAAGGGAUUGUCUACAUGUUCUACCCACGGCUGCAGAUCUGGGGCGAGAUACAGGUGUGGCGACAGGCUGCCACGCAGGUGUUCUUUGCGCUGGGCUUGGGCUUCGGCUCCGUCAUCGCCUACUCGUCUUACAACCCCCCGAACAACAACUGCCACCGCGACGCCCUCGUGGUCUCCGUCAUCAACCUGCUUACCUCCAUUCUCGCUUCCUUGGUAGUGUUUGCCAUGCUGGGCUUCCGAGCUAAGAGCAUCACCAUGGACUGUGUGGUCCGCAAUGUGAACCUUCUGGCUGAGUUGUGGCACCCGGACCCCUCUCAGCUAGCCUCAGUGCCGUGGCUCAACGUGUCUGAGCCCAGGUCCGUGACCUUACCGCAGUACAGCCAGUGGUUUCUGCAGUACGGUGCCCAGUUGGGGGGCAACUUUACAGACUGCAACCUGGAGGAGGAGAUGAACAAGGGAGUGGAAGGCACGGGACUGGCUUUCAUCGCCUUCACGGAGGCCAUGACCCUGUUCCCUGGCAGCCCAUUCUGGUCGGCGCUCUUCUUCCUCAUGCUUCUCAACCUGGGCCUGAGCACCAUGUUCGGCACCAUGCAGGGCAUUCUCACGCCGCUCACGGACAGCUUUGCUCUGCUCGGCCGCCGCAGGAUCCUGCUCACAGUCGGCAGCUGUGUCCUGGGCUUCGCCUUGGGCCUGCUCUUCACCCAGCGCUCCGGAAACUACUUUGUGACCAUGUUCGACGACUACUCGGCCACGCUGCCACUCAUCGUCGUGGCAGUCUUCGAGACAGUGGCCGUGUCCUGGGUGUACGGAGCCGACCGUUUCUUAGAUGACAUUGAGAGAAUGAUCCGGUGGCGCCCCCCAGUGCUCUACAAGUACCUGUGGCGCUUUGUGUGCCUCUUUGCCAUGCUGGCUUUGCUGGGCGCCAGCGUGCUGCGCAUGCUCUUCAAAAGGCCCACCUACACGGCCUGGAACCAGCACAUGGCCUCGGAGACGACGCUGGAAUACCCCGGCUGGGCGCUCGCUUUCCUCUGCAUGUUCAUGUUGGUGGCACUGCUGCCCUUACCCAUAGCAUACCUCCAUGCCAUGCUGAGGAGUGAUGCGGACGCCCACACAGUGCCGCCGGAGCAGCAGGAGCUCCAAGGGGACGGGUACCUCGAGUGCGACUGGGCUGAGCCCGAGUCCAUCUCCAGCUCGCCGCAGGAACAGGCGGGGCCUUGCAGAGCUGUCUUCCUGCCGCCGGGGACCGAUUGCUACACGCGCCUUCCUCAGCAUGAGGACUAUGAGGAAGAGGAGGACACUGCAGUGUGAGAGGGCAGCAAAGGAAAAAGGGCCACCAGGAAACAGGCACCUGUCGUUUCCUCAACUCUCGGCCACAGACAGAGCAGACAGGAACCCUGGCUCCAUGUCCCCUGUCCAGCCCGGUGUCCUGUCUCCAGCUGCGCAAAGCGUCACUCCUGCCAGUCAACGUGUCCUCCUUUGCCGGAGCAGCCACACAUGUGAACCUGACUUUUGUGAACUGUGUGUAAACACACAGAACAGCUCCCUGAAGAAGGAUCGAAAAAGAACGGGAAACUUCAAGAGGACUGCAAAACGUGAGCAGAAGAAGUGAAGUGGAGUGGAGUGGAGUGUGGGUGGGUGCAAAAAGUCCCAGGUGGCUAUGGCUGGCAGGACUACAGUGGGGGUGUAUUACAUUACCUUAGAAACAUCUUGCUUUUUUUUUUUUUUUUUUUAUUUCUGAGCAAGUGUUACCAGAAAGAAAAGUUUGGAUGAUAUAUUUGGUAAAGAGUCUUGCAGAAAACCACCCCUGUUGCUAUAAUCUCAUGAGCUCUAUACCUCCUGAAAACUUAGUAUGCAGCGUGAACCCUGACAUGCUCACUGUGUGUCCUGCUGCGCUCGGUGAUGGUUGAACACUGGAACCACUGAGGGUCUGACCACCAGCACGGUCGUGUUCACAUCUGAACAUCUCUGUUGCCCUCACAGCUGUGCCACUGGUCACUGAUAUCCUAGAAAGACCAAGAGUUCGGUAGCUGCUGGUUGAAAUACCCACAAUGCACCAGAAAGAGGCCCACUUCUCACUUCUUGGCUUAUUGUAAAUGCAUAAAAAUAUGGGCAGUUAUUUUCAUUUUAUGUGUGGGUAGACAUGAACGGCUCGUGUUCCAGCUUUGUUUUAAGUCAUAUAAUUCAAAGUAUAUGUUCUGUUUAUCUGA